CUUCCUUCCUACCUUAGUUUGUUCCAAUGAAUUCCCGAAGGUUGUUUCUAAUACUGUUCCAGAGAAACAAAAGCGAAACUAGGUUUUAAUGGGGAUUAAAGGAAACUAACAGAGUUAAAAGAAAGCAAAAGGAUUUCCCGAAGCUAAACUGCUUUUAUUGACGCUGACGAGGAGAGUGGGAGGGACUGGAGGAAGGCUGUAAAUUCAUCCGUGCCGGCAGGUGAGCAUCUAUUGGUUUAUCUAUGCGCAGUCUGCCUGUGAGGCCGAGAGAGCAGAGUUUAGUUCUCUCUCAAAGAAGAGAGAUCCAAAAUUGGUGUCUUAGUUCGAAUCCCGUCUCUGCUGCUAACUUACAUGGAUCUGGAGGAUGAGGGAGGGAUAUAUUUGAAAAUUAUGGUGAUAUAAGAGCCAUGACAUUAUAUUGAAGGAAAUGUGACAAUUUCAUGAAACUAUGAGUGAAAAGGUUUGAAAGAAGAGAAGCAGAUUUCAACUAAGUGGAAGAAUGAAUUUCCUAACAAUUUAAAUUGCCCAGUGGUCUGCUUAGAAAGGUUGCUGCAGGAAGAUGUGGACAUUGCUUGUGCUUGUGUUAAUAAUCUCCUGGCAUUUGCUGAAUGCCUUUUCAGUUUCUGUUCCCAAAGAGAAUUAUAUAGCACAUUAUGGCAGCAAUGUGACUAUGGAAUGCAAUUUUCCAGUGGGAGAAAAAUUAGACUGGAGUGCUCUGAUGGUCUAUUGGGACAAGAAAGAAAAUUUUCUUGUGAAACUUGUUAAUGGUGAAGAAGACCUCAAAAUCCAAACCAGCAACCCAAGAAUAAGGCAUUUGAACAACAAGCUUGUCAAAGGGAAGUCUCUGCUUCACAUCACCAAAGUGAAAAUUGAAGAUGCUGGGAUUUACCGCUGCCUUAUUGGCUAUGGGGGAGCUGAUUACAAACGGAUUACUUUGACAGUCAAUGCCCCAUACAGCAAAAUAAACCAAAGGGUCAAAGAGGAUCCAGAUACCUCUGAACAUGAAAUCACAUGUCAGUCGGAAGGUUACCCUAAAGCAGAAGUCAUCUGGAAAAGCAAGGAUCAAGAUCUAAGUAGCAAAGCUACCGUGAAGUAUGCAGUUGGGCAAGAAAAGCUGUUCAAUGUGACAAGCACUCUCAGAAUCAAUGCAACAGCAAAUGAAGUUUUCCAAUGCUUGUUUCAGGUAAAGGAAACUGGAGAAAAUACUACAGCUGAGAUUGUCAUCCCAGAGAAAAAGAAACCAUCUGAGGUAAAAAGGAGAGCUUAUUUUGGGAUCAUAGGAGCUGUCAUUUUCAUUGGAAUAAUUCUGAUGUUUCUCUGCUCUGGAAAAAGAAAUGCUAUAAAUAUGGAGAAGGUAUGAACUUGGCAUCUUGGCCUCUGAUUUAAGAUUCUGGAAUUCUCAGCCCAGUCACUUUGGAAUUCCCUCAGUGCUUAGCAGCAUCAAAGAAAUGUGCUUGAAUUACCUCUGCUCCUGGGAAGGGAAGUAAGGGACAGAAUGGUCUGAUAAGAAAAAAAGAGAAAAGGAAGACAAAGAGAGUGAAAGGGGAAGAACCUCCAUCUGCUUCAGAGGGCAGUUCAAUAGCUUUUGAGACAGUGCCUAAGAAAUCUUUCCAACCUGCUUUGAGGAAACAUAGGCUGGUAUGUUAAAGAAAGAAUGGUAUCUUUGAAUGAUGAUACUUCCAUUUAUAGGAAUCUGUUGUUCAUUCCUGAAAAAGAAUUGAGUCUCUGGGUUUGAGGCCGUCCCUUACUCUAUGUUGCUGUCUUUGUUCCCUGGCACACUUAGCCUCCUUGUAUGUAUAAGUCAAUGCUCAAAUUUAUUUAUAUGACCCCUCAUUGAUGGAGAAUUCUCCAUCUACACUCCUAGUAGAAUUUUAUGCAAAUGAACUCAGACCCUGGGUUACAAAUUUAAAGCAGAAUGUCUUUGUAUCAAGUUGGAGACUUAAUUUGUAUUUUGCCUUUAACUCUGGGAAACUUGGUUACAUGGUCCUGUUGUUGUUUGUCUUCUGUUUUCAAAGAGGAUCAAAACGGUCCUACUUAAGUACAAAAUGCUACUAUGUAUUUAAGUUAUUAAGAGUCGGCCUGUAUAUGAGUGUGGUCUUCCAUACUUUUAUUUUGAGAAUGAUAGGGUGGAGUGGUUGGUUGGGGGGGAGGGGGGGGAAGGGAAGGGUUGGCCCUGGCUCUUGUUUAAACUUGUUUAAAUGAAAGUUUUGCAUCUAUAUAGGAAGUUCUGUUAUUUUGGGAUAGUGGUAAAAAUGUGAAGUAGGUGGAGAAACAUGUAGGUUUAGCACAUGAUUUUAUAGUAUUUUAGACUCAUAGGUUGCACUCUUCCUCUUUGUAUCUCAAACUCUUUAAAGCUCAGCUCAAGAGCCACCUUUUUCAUGAGAUCUUUAUGGGCUUCUCUCAGCUGCUAGAGCUUCUUCUCCUGCCUCCUGACAAUUACCUCAUAUUUAUUUAGUAUAUAUUUUCAUGUAUAUGUAUAUGUAGCAGCAGCUAGGUGCCAUGGGAUAAAGCACUGGCCCUGGCGUCAGGAAGACCCAAGUUUAAAUCCAUUCUCAGACAUUUUUACUAGCUAUGUGAUCCUAGGCAAGUUACUUAGCCUCAGUUUCCUCAACCAUAAAAUAGGAAUAAUUGUAAUACCACCAAAAUUGUAAUGAAGCUCAAAUAAGACAAUAUUUGUAAAGUGCUUUGCGAACUUUAAUGCACUAUAUAUAUAUAUGCUAGCUAUUGUUAUUUUUGUUGAGGGUUGGUGAUGAUAAUGCAGAUGUUUCUUACACAACAUGUGAGCUCCUUGAGGGUAGGGACUAUUUUUCAUCUUGCAUUAAUAUUCCCAGUGUCUCCCACAGUGUCUUGCACAUAGUGCAGUGCUUUUUAAAUUAAACUGACUAAAACUGAAACCUAGUCUACUGUGGGAUCUUUUCCUUUCAACUGCCUUAGCUUUGAAUUCAUUGAUCCCUCUGUAUGUCCUCUCUGUUACCCAUGGAUGGAGUCUGUAGCUUCUGACCUUGUACAGUCUUGUUGUGUUUCUGAGGUCUGCCCUCUGCCAGGUGAAAUUAGACCUUCCUACAGGAUGACAUGAAGCAGGAAAAGACAUGAAGAAAGACCAAUUAGGAACUCUUUGGUCCAUCAAUAUUGCAGUGAAUUCCUACAGACAACCUCUGGAAAUACUUUACCCCAAUAGAAGAAAAAAAAAUCUAGCCUGUAGAGAAUGGAAUUUAUUGGAUUCUAGUCUUGGUUUUUAAAUAAGCAUUCAAUUUAUUAAACACCAACUAUGAAUGGGACACUAAAUUAUGCACUGUGGAUAUAAAGAUAGCUGACUGAAAUCUCCUCUCAAAGAAGCCUAUUUUGUUGGGAAGACAAAACCCAAAUAACUGUUACAAGGGAGAAGGAGAUAAGCAAUCUUUGAGCUCCGAUCCCACCUCAUCACUUGCCAUUUGGACAUCUCAAACUGGAUGCCCCUUAGGUAUCUCAAACUCAAUAUAUUCCCAAAAUAGAACCGAUUAUCUAAAAUGCCACACUUGGGAACUGUAUUAACUCUUAUGACAAAUGAGUGGAAUUCUCAUUCUCCCUCUAAUUCAGGCUCAAUCUUAUCUGUCAUCCUUGACUUUUCACUCACACUUCAUGUAUCCAAACUGUUAUCAAAUCUUGUUUCUACACUCACAGCAUCUCUCAAAUAUGUCUCCUUUUUUGUACUUACACAGCCAAUACCUAGUUCAAUCCCUCAUUACCUCUCAUUGGACUAUUGCAAUAGCUCCCUAAGUGGUCUUCCUUCUUCACUUCUUUCUCUGCUCUGAGUCAUUCUCCCCUCAGUUUCCAAAAUGCUAACUCUGUUAUUAAUUCAUGUUACCCUCAUAAUUAGUAAAUUCCAAUGACUCCCUAUUACCUCCAGGAUCAAACAUAAAGUCCUCUUGAAGUUCUUCAUGACUUGAUCCCUUUUAAUAUUCUAGUCUUCUCACAUUUUUCUCCUCCAUGAUCUCUGAUCUGGAUACACUGGUUUACUUGCUCUUCCUCACAACACUCUUCACCCCCCCCCCACACCCCCCAACUCUAUGUCUUUCCAUUAGCUAUCUCUUGUGCCUGGCAUGAUCUAUCUACCUUACUUUUACCUCUUAUUUUCCUUAGCUUCCUUUGAAACUCAGCUCAAAUGCCACCUUCUAUGGCAGCCUUUUCUCAGCAUUAACUGCUAGUGCUUUUCCUUCUUAGGUUACCUUCCAUCUUUUCUGUCUGUAUAUGUCAUAUUGUUCUUUUUCCUUCAUUUUCGAAGAGGAUAGUGACAUCACUGGUGAUGUCUUGACUUAUGCAUAAAUUGGAUUUAAGUGAAGCAGAAUUGCUCAUUGUCAUCAGCCUCACUCUUUCUUCCAGAGCCAUUGAAGUCCAAUGGCAAGACAAAAAGUCAGAUGAUGGCCUGGAAUAUAUUUGUGUAUGUGUUUAUGUAGGUUAUCUCCCCCAUGAGAUAACUAUUUUUCCAUUUCUUUGCAUCUCUAAUUCUUAGCACAUUACUUGGCACAUAAAUGUUUGUCAACUGCAAGGUAGGGGAAAUUUGCAUGAGAAGUGUAAGGACAGAGAAAUCCCUUUCAUUCCCUCAAGAUUAAAUAGGUAGGAAUAGCUAGGUGGCUCAGUGGAUCCAGCCAGGUCAAGAGAUGGGAGGUCCUAGGUUCAAAGCUGGUCUUAGACACUUCCCAGUUGUGUGAACUUGGACCAGUCACUUAACUCGAAAUUACCCAACCUUUACUGUUUUUCUGCCAUACUUAGUAUUGAUUCUAAGACAGAAGAUGAGGGUUUUAAGAACUAGAUUAAACAGUUGAUCCUUUUUAUAAUAUAGUUAUCAGUCCAAUUUUCCUUCCUGCUCCCCCAAAUUUAGAACUUAUCCAAUGAAGCAGUACUUACUGAAAACAUUCUGUCAUCUUUUCCCCUUUUUCUUCACUGUCUAUGAAUUAGUUUACAAAAGGCAUUGUGGUCUUUUUUUUUCUGAAUUAAGUGGGCCCAUGAACCACUUUUCAAGAUUCCUGCAUCUGUUGGCCAGCCUUUCUCUGGAUCUACCUCUUCUCCUCAUCCAUUCCCUUGCACUGAAAACACAUUAUUGGUGAGGAAGGCUAUUUAUACACACUAAUUUUAAAUGUUUUAGAAGCACGUUGAUUAUUAUGUCUCUGCUAUGUAUAUUUGCUUAAGUACAAACCAUGGUCAAUUUUAUGUUUUGUUGAACAAUGUUUGCACUUGUGGAAAAAUGAAAGAAGUAUUUAUUAAAAAUUAUUUUAUUCCUUGGCAUGUAUCAAAGUGUUUGUUGUCUGGUUUCC